AUGGCAGCCAACACUGGGUAUGGGCCGAGCGCCCUCCCGUCGCUGAUGUCCAAGGACAAGGCCGACGCAGCCGCUGCCGCCAACGCAAUCCACAUCCAGCAGAACAAAGCCGGCGAGCCGAUCCCCAUCCAGCUGCCGACCAUCUACAUCAACCCGUACUCUGUUCCCAACUUGCCCGGAGCCAUGGACGGCGUGCCCGGCGCUUUUGGCGCCACUGCGCGCUCGCUCACCCCGCCCGCGGCGCCGAAGAAGAAGGAGCGCGAGAGGGAGAUCAAGGAGGACAAGAAGCCCGCCGCCGCCGUCGUGGCUGUCCCCGAGAGCGCCGCGACCCCACCCGCGCCCUGGUGGAACUUUGGCGCGCCGCACCCCCUUCUGUGGGUCACGCUCGGGCUGAGCAUCCUGGCCAUCGUGCUCGGCGUGCCGAAGGGCACGCUGCCGACGAUCACCGGCCGCCACCGUGUGCUCCGCGCGCAAGAGAUCCAGGUCGCCGAGCGCCUCGCCCUGCUGAACCAGCUGAGCGGCUUCCUCCCCCCGCCGCUGGCCGCCCUGCUCAUCCCCGACCCCGGCCUCGGGGCGAUCCUCGCCCCCGGCCUCGGCGGCGCGGACCGCGCGCGCGCGCUCGACCUCGUGCGCCUCGGCACCGGCCUGCAGCUGUGGAAUGCGCAGGCGCACGCCGACGCCAGCGGGUGGUGGACUAUCGAGGAGCUGUCCGCCGGCGCGAGCGUCGUGCGCUCCACUGCGGCUGGGCGCGAGCGCGAGGUGUGGGUCCUGCGCGCGGCUGACGCGGUGAGCGAGCACGCCGCGCUGCUCGCCGCGCUCACGUCGUCCCUGCUCUCCCGCGAGCGGCUGUACGCCGAGCUCGACAGAUGCCGCGCCGAGCCGUGCACUUGCCCCGCCACUCCGCGCCUCGGCAACACCAUCACGGCGACGGCAGUCCCCAAGGCCACGCAGCCGACGACCACGGUCGUGGUCGAAGCGCCAGGCGCGGCAGAGAGAGACGACCACGACCGCACCGCCGACGACCGCCGCCGCUUCCGCGAGCGCGAGAUCGAGGUCGAGGAGCGCGAGCGCGACGUUGCCCGCCGCGAAAAGUGGGUCGUCGAGAGCAUGCGUAAGCUUGCCGAGAAGAGCCACCACCAGGCGAGCGAGCUCACGAUGGAGGACCGCAUCACUGAGCGUCUCAAGCACUACCAGCGCCAGCUGUCCAACCUGCACGAUUAG